GCGGCCCAGCGCACGCAAGCCCGCGAUCUCGCCGCGCUGCGCUCCACGGUGGACCGUUUCAGCGCCGACAUUGGCCACACCAGGGAUUCAGACCCACAGGAGCACCACAUGGAGAGCCCGAACUUCAAGAGGCACAUCGACCCCGCGGCGUUGGCCGUAACCUCGCGGGCAUUCGUCGCGCUGGACAAGGUACAGUCCAUCCUCACCCCGUUGUUGCAGGACUGCAACAUGGCCCCUGCUGUUGAUUAUAAGUGGGAGGCUGAUCCUACAGGCAAGCGCUUUGUUAUUAGUUUCAAGGGCGCCGCCAACUAUGCGAACAGGAAGGUUGGUCAACGCUUGGCUUCCUUCAGACGCUCCGACGGCCGCUGGGAGAACUUCGCCUGCAGGGACAUGGGUGACAAGCACACCAAUCUGUACACCAGCAUGGACAAGAACCCGUUCACCAUCGAACGCGAGCUGGCCGUGCGCGCGGCCCGCAGAGUCGUGGAGGAGGCAUGCGCAGACACCAAGUUCUUCACCGACAAGGGGAAAGGCGCCCUCAGCUCGAGCUGGCUCCCGUUCCUGCGGAUCACUCCCACGGACAACGGCGACAAGCCUGUCGUCGAGUGGAGUGCCGACAAGCUCCGCAAGCUCCAGAUGUCGAAGGACAGCCUCGCAACGUUGGUCGAGGAUGCGCUGGCUGGUGCAUCGGCG